AUGAUUGGGACGAGAAUUGAAGAGUGGAGAAAGGGUUCUCGGUUGUAUAAUCGAUUGGUGAAACGAAGUAUUAAAUCGGUGAAGAAUGGUGGUGUAAUAAGAGCACUUGUUUGGUAUCAAGGUGAGAGUGAUACUGUAAGAGAAGAAUAUGCUAAGGCUUAUAAGACUAGAAUGGAAAGGUUUAUUCAUAAUAUUCGAUCAGAUCUUAAACUACCAAAUCUUCUUGUUAUUCAGGUAGCACUUGCAUCAGGAGAUGGAAAGUUCGUAAAUAUGGUGAGAUAUGUUCAAUUGAGUAUCAAACUUCCUAAUGUGAGGUGCGUUGAUGCUAAAGGACUGCGUCUUAAGGGAGAUAAUCUUCACCUUACAUCAAUGUCUGAGGUUCAUUUGGGCAUCCAGUUAGCUCAUGCCUAUCUUGCCUCCACCAAUCAUCACUUUAAUUAUACACAAAUUAGCUAG